UUGUUCCAAAGAAAGACAACAAUAACAAUAAACCCAGAUAAUAAAGAUAUCUCUUAAUUUCCUGGUGUUUCUUUAGAAUUACCUCUCAUGGACGACAUAUUCGAUUCGUCACUGAAUUUAGAGGAAACCCACUUGAAGGAAGGCUUCGAUGAGGGCUACAAAGACGGUCUAAUAGCCGGCAAGGGAGAAGCCGAGGAAGUGGGCCUGAAAGUCGGCUUCGAGGUCGGCGAGGAGCUGGGCUUCUACAGGGGCUGCGUCGACGUAUGGAACUCGGUCGUUCGGGUCGACCCGACCCUGUUCUCGUCUCGUGUCCAGAAGGGGAUUAAACAGAUGAAGGAGCUAAUUGAGAAGUACCCGGUUAUGGAGCCCGAGAAUGAGAGAGUUCAAGAAAUAAUGGAUGCUUUGAGGCUCAAGUUCAGAGCCGUUUGUGCUUCCAUGGGUGUGAAAUUGGACAACAAUGGCUACCCAAAAUCUUCUUUAGAGGCUAAGGAGAUUGAAUUUUGAGUUGCAGUUUUGG